CUGGGAUUUAGGUAUGGAGUUAAAGGUUAGGAUUAUAAUUUGUUUGUUAGUUUUAUAUUACACUGUGAGUGUAUAUAAGCACCGUUUGUUGUUUUCUUGUGGCAUCCCAUAGAGCGUUUGGACCCGGAAGCGGUGACGUAUAUGACGUCUGACUUAUUAACAAGUGGAUAGCCAGGCAAAGCCCUGGCCAUAUCAGUAAACAGUAUUAGCAUUAUCUACACCGUUCAAUUCAGCAUUGUAGAGGGUCUUGUUUGCCUUUUCAGCCAUGGCAUCCUCCAGUGGUCCUCUAAAUGAGGAGCUCCAGUGCGCCAUCUGUCUGGAUGUGUUCAAUGAUCCAGUCACCACUCCAUGUGGACACAACUUCUGCAGAACCUGCCUAAACAAAUGCUGGAAAACCAAUCCAGGCUGUUUCUGCCCAAUCUGUAAUGAAAAAUUCAGCAAAAGACCUCAUCUCAAGAUUAAUACAACACUCAGAGAGGUUGUGCAACACUUUAAGGAGAAGCUUGAGCUAGGAAGAUCUGAUGUGUUCUGUGACAUCUGUGAUGAAAGAAAGCAGAAAGCCCUUAAGUCCUGCUUGAUGUGUCAAAGCUCUUACUGUGAAACUCACCUGAAACCACAUCACAGAGUCCCGCGUCUAAAGAAACACACGCUGAUCGAUGCUGUGGAAAAUCUGGAGCAUUAUAUAUGCCAGAAACACGAGAGACCAUUGGAGUUGUUCUGCAGAGAUGACCAGAUGUGUGUGUGUCUGUCCUGCACCGAAGGAGACCACAGGAAUCACAUCACUGUUCCUAUAGAGGAGGAGAGUCAAGAGAAGAAGAAUCAGAUCGUAAAGACACAGACAUGUUUGCAGCAGAUGAUCCAGGACAGAAUGAAGAAGAUUCAAGAGAUCCAGCACUCAGUAGAGCUGAGAAAGAAAGAGAAAUCAACCAGUGUUGAGCUCUUCAAAGAUCUAAGCCGCUCCUUUGAGAAAUGUCAGUCUGAGCUGCUGGAGAAAAUGGAGAAGCAGCAGAAAUCAACAGAGAAACAGGCCAAAGAUCUCACUAAAGAGCUGCACCAGGAAAUCUCUGAGCUAAAGAGGAGACACACGGAGCUGGAACAGCUCUCACAGACUGAGGAUGAUCUCCACCUCCUACAGAUUUACUCAUCCAUUUGCACUUCUAUACGAACUAAAAACUGGACGGAGAUCAGUACUGACUUUAAUACGAAUGUGUGCACUCUCAAUAAAGCUCUAAUUCAGCUGAAGGAAUUAGAAAUUGUACAUAAAAAUCUUGGUCAAACUGUGUUGAAGAUGAUGCAGCAGUAUGCAGUGGAUGUGACUCUAGAUCCCGAUACAGCUUAUCCUGAACUCAUCUUGUCUAAGGAUGGAAAACAAGUCCGUCAUGGAAACAUUAAGCAGAACCUUCCUAACUAUCCAAAGAGAUUUGAUUCAUGUUUAGAUAUUCUGGGAAAAGAGGCGUUCUCUUCAGGGAAAUUUUAUUUUGAGGUUCAGGUGAAGGGCAAGGCUGAGUGGGAUUUAGGAGUGGCCAGAGAAUCCAUAAAUAGGAAGGGGAAGGUCAGACUGAGUCCUGAGGAUGGAUGCUGGACUUUGGUUCUGAGAAAUGAGAAUCAGUAUAAAGCUUGUGAAAAUCCCUGUGUCUCUUUGUCUCAGAGAGAGACGCUUGAGAAGGUUGGUGUGUUUGUGGAUUAUAAGGAGGGUCUGGUCUCUUUUUAUGACGUGGAGUCCAGCUCUCAUAUCUACUCUUUCACUGGUCAGUCUUUCACUGACAAACUCUAUCCAUUCCUCAGCCCAUGUUAUAAUGAUGAAGGUAAAAACUCAAGCCCACUGAUCAUUUCACCUGUCAUUUCAAAUAAAUGAAUAUACAUUCCAAACA